AUGGCCGAAUACACAAGCCCCCUCAAUGCUUUUGGAAUCAAGUCCUUCAACUCCCCGGGCCUGGGCGAGAAGCUUUCAAACCUCCUCCACAUAUCCAGCGCCGUCAUCAUUCCCUCCAAUGUCCGCACCGUUGUGACCUCAGGCACCACAGGUUAUGACGAAAACAUGUGCUAUCCCAAAGAUCUGACCGAAGAAAUCAUGAAUGCUUUUGCGAACGUUGAAGCCGCUUUACAAUCAGCUGGUGUGAAAGAUGGCUUCCGAUCUGUAUACCAGAUGACAUCCUAUCAUGUGACGGAUUUUGGUGAUGCGGAUAUGGAAGCGUUGGACAAGGCUGUUGAGAAGUACUUUGGAAAGAACAGGCCAGCUUGGGCAGGAAUUGGUGUUGCGGCACUGUAUGGAGGGGCAAGGAUUGAGAUCACUGCAUGGGCGGCGCUGGAGCCGGUAACGUGA